AGAUUUCAAAUGAAAACAGCAGUCUGCCAAAACACAUCGUCAGUUGGUCCUAGCUCUCCCACGUACAAUGACAAAAUGGUGCAACUUAUGGAAAAUAAAUUGAACACGGAUCCGCGAGUAAAUAGUGCCGUUGAAUUAAAUCUACUAACUGACUCAAAAUUAGAAGUUCCGUUGGAGAAGUGCGCAAAGGAGCCGAUCAAAAAUGUCGACGAAGCGAAUGAGAGCAAUAAAAGAGAGAUUGAUGCCGUUGAACGGGAUAUGCCGCUAACUGAGGAUGUGAGAUGUGGUUUUUGGUUUUUCAAAGGCUCAUGCUUUCAGAGAUUCGCCAAUCAAACCACUUAUGUGAUACUGUACGGAUUAGUGGGCUGCGUGUUCUCCAUGACUUAUGCGUACUUCAAUGGCACGCUGACCACACUCGAAAAACGCUUCAAGAUACCUUCAAAGAAUACAGGCAUAAUUGCGAUCGGAAAUAAUAUAACACAAAUGUCCGUAUCGGCUGUGCUGAGUUACUACGCGGGUAAAGGACAUCGACCGCGUUGGAUCGGAUUUGGCAUUAUGACAAUUGUCGGUUUCUGUGUGCUAACUGCCGCUCCGCACUUUCUUUAUGGUCCCGGCGAAGACGCGCUCGCGCUUACUGCCGAAUUUGGUGGCAUUGCCGAUGAAAAUGCGACGCUGGAUGAGUUGGAGAAGCAACGCGCCAAGGAGUUAUGUCGCGAUCGCAGCAAUGAGACCGCUUGUGCAAUCGAAGAGGGCAAUUUUGCACCGCAGGCGGUGCUUUUCCUGGCACAAGUCGUAUCGGGCAUUGGUGGUGGUCUCUACUAUACGCUUGGUGUAUCCUAUAUGGAUGACAAUACAAAGAAGUCUAAAACACCAGCGCUACUAAGCCUGUCAUAUUUCUUCCACAUGCUUGGCCCCGCCAUCGGCUACUCUUUGGCAUCCUUUUGUCUGCGUUUCUACAUUGCACCACAAUUGAAACCAUUUAUUACCAAUAAAGAUCCACGCUGGUUAGGCGCCUGGUGGAUGGGUUGGCUGUUGCUGGGCUCCAUACUCUUCAUAUCCGGCAUAUUGUUCACCAUGCUGCCAAAAGAGUUGCCACGCGCCAAAGCACGCCGUCUGGUGGAAGAGCAAAAACGCAGAGAGGCAAAUGCAUUGAAAGCUGUUGAAAAUGAAGAACCCGUUGUGCCGAAAGCUUCUUUUCGUGAUAUGUUGACCACAUUCAAGAGGCUCGCCAAGAAUAAGACUCUAAUGUGUAAUAAUAUAUCUUCAAUCUUCUAUUAUUUCGGUUACACGCCUUAUUGGAUCUUCACGCCGAAAUAUAUCGAGAUACAAUAUCGGCAAUCGGCUUCGACGUCGAGCAUGGUCACCGGCACCGUGGCGUUGGGUUUCUCCGCUCUGGGCGUACUCAUUUCCGGCUUUGUCAUAUCGAAAUUCAAACCGAGCGCCCGUUAUAUGGCAGCCUGGAAUGUGCUCGUUGGAUUACUAAGCGUCGGUGGUUGUAUUGCAUAUGCUUUUAUUGGUUGCCCGGGGAAUGAACAGUCGAUGAUUGUCAAUAUACCGGAGAGCGGUCCAAACAGUGUCGUCACCUGUAACUCUGCUUGUUAUUGUGAUUAUGUGCCCUUUUCCCCAGUUUGUGGCGAGAAUAAUAUGACUUAUAUAUCACCCUGUCAUGCGGGUUGCAGGCGUGAAAUAGUAUCAGAUAACGGUACCAAAACUUUCACUGAAUGCAGUUGCAUUUCUACCGUUGCUACAACAACAAAUCAUAUUAAGCGCUCACUUCCAGAAACUCUUAAUACAACAGAGAGAGAAUUUUUCUUAACCUCCUAUAAUACAACAAAAGCAGCAACAGCUACAGAGAGCAUAAUAUAUGGAACAGAAUCAACCCACUAUAGUACUAACACAUUCACAACAACCAAACCACAAGCAGAAUAUAGUUCUCAAUUUGGUGGUUACGCUAAACCUGGCGCUUGUCCCGUUAAUUGCUUCAAGCAAUUCGUACUUUUUCUGUCAGUCAUGUGCUUUUUAAAGUUUGUUGGUGCUACUGGACGCGCCUCGAACUUCUUGGUGACGGUUCGUUGUGUGCCGGCAGAGGAUAAAACUGCCGCUAUGGGUUUCGGCAUGAUGUUGGCCUGCAUGUUGACCUUUAUACCAUCGCCGAUUUUCUUCGGCUGGCUAUUCGACAGCAUGUGUCUGGUGUGGGGCAAAACGUGUAGCAAUAAGGGCAACUGCUGGCUAUACGAUGCCUUCGCUAUGAGAUACACACUACAUUUCACCACGGCAUCAUUCAUUUUUAUUGGCACUGUUUUUGAUGGUGGGGUAUGGUAUUUGGUUAAAAAUCUGAAAAUCUUUGAUGAAGAGAAACCGAUUACUGAAGAUGGUACCAAAGAGGAGAAGGAUGUUAUGCUUUUAGAGAGGAAGGGCUAAACAGUGAUUAAUGAUUUUUUAUAAUUGUUGUUUUUCAUUUUUAUAACUAUAUGUAAAAUUUUUUACAGUUCAAAACCAAAUAAAUCGAUCAUUAAAUUCAAAUAUAAAUAAAAAAAAUAAA